AUGAAAGAGUCAACCAACAUUCCCAACUUACAGCCCGAUGCAGCAAUCUUUGCAUUGAAACAAGCGCUCCAGGUGGCAAGGUUCAUGAAAAACCCCACCAAAAUAGCAGAUGUGCUGCAGAUGGCAGAUGCAUUCAUUAAAAUCGAGGAGUUCAACAAGGCUGCUGCCAAACUGAAAAGCUCCUCCGAGCCGAAGGAUGCAAGAGCCAAUCAGCACAAGCACGAAGGUAGUUCAAGGAAGGGGAAAGAGAAGCAGGGUGCGAGAGACGGCUACCCGAAGAAAGAGGGGAAAAAGGGUGAACUUCAGCUCAAAUACACCAACUACUCUCCGCUCUCUCUUCCCCGAAAAGAGACUUACAACCUCCAUAAGCACGACGAGAAAUGGCAGAAUCCAAAUAAGCUCUGGUCCAACCUCCUUCACAUAAACAGAAACAAGUGGUGCGAGUUCCAAGAUGACUUCGGCCAUAACACCAAAGAGUGUAAUCAGGUGAAGGAUAACAUUGAGGACCUCGUCCGCCGAAGAUAUCUCAAGCAAUAUCUGGCUGACCGAAGGGAAGGAGCGCUGGAAAAGGAAAAGGCUCCUAGUGGCAAGCCACGGGAGCCACCCCAAAAAAGAAUCUAUGAAGUCGCAGGGCACAAGAAAAAUCACAUCCUAGUGGUGUUCGGGAAGCAAAGGUCCACCCAUGCCAGCAAGAAACAUUUAAGAGCUCUCUCCCACCGAGUCAACUUCAGCGCUAUAGGGGAGAAUGAACCCCAUCCCCCAAACAUGACUUUCACCGCUGAUGACUGCCUCAGAGUCCAGUAUUACAAACAUGAGGAUCCACUAGUAAUUUCCAUGGAUCUCAAAAACCACAAUGUUCACAGAGUACUGUUCGAUGGGGGGGGCGCCGUCAACAUCAUCUUCAGAAACUUCUUUGAGCAGCUAUUCCUCGAGGAAGGAGAGGAGUCAAUAACGAAGGUCAGCUAUCCACUGAUCGGAUUUAAAGGCUCCAAAACAAUUCCCCGAGGAACGAUCACCCUACCAGUCACAGUCGGCAAAGUCCAAGCUGCGAGAAAUGUUCGAGAGGAAUUCUUAGUGAUGGAUUGCGAUUCUCUAUACAAUGUCAUCAUGGGACGGACGGACGGACCAUGA